GUCUGAAGCCUCCGGGCGGAACCUGGCCAUGGCGGUCUGGGGCUUUGCUGCUGCAGGCUCCCGUGAUGUGCCGCUGCUGUCCGCCACCUGCGGCAGCUUGGAACAGCUCUCGAUUCAGGACCUGGUCAACAGAGGCCGGGCCCGUGGCACCUCGCAGCACUGGGCCCCCGAGCUCGGCAGGGCGCUGGCGCUCGCCAAGGUUUGGGAGUGCGACAGUCAGCACCUCUCGAACAUCGCCUGAAGACGCGCCACCGUGCAGCUCAUCGACAAACCGGUCCUGCAGGCUGCUGCGGCAGAGCGACGGGAUGCGGGGUGUCAGGACCCGGCCAAUGCUUAGGCCUUCGCAGCUACGGCGUUUCUGGGCCGUCCUCUCAUGGAGUUCACCUGCCAGACUGCGCAGCGGAAGAUGGCGGAGCUUCAGCCGCGAGAGAUGAGCAACCUGGUGCAGAGGCUCACCAAGUCAGACCUGGCUGGCUUGCCUUCACUGCGAGCCGCCGACGCGCGCUUUUGCCAGGUGCAGGUCGACGAUUUUCAGAACACUUCCAACGGUGUUUGAAGGCCCGCGCACUUGGGUGUGGUCGCGCCGCUGUUCUCAGCAGCAGUGGCUUUUGCGGCAACUGCUGCAGGUGGCAAGCCACAAAGCCCGGCCAACACGCUACGAAGCUUCGCUGCGGCCAAGGCGGAGGCCCAGCCGAUUUCUGCUGCACUGAGGCCACGCAUCAUGGGCAAUUUGUCAGAGUUCGAGCACCAGAGCCUGUCCAACAGCUUGCGGGCUCCCGCCACCUGCGCAGCGGAAGGCAUGGGUCUCUUCGAGGCACUCACUAGCCAGGCGCUGCUUCUCGUGAGCUUCUUUUCGCACUAGGACCUCGCGAACUGUGCCCGGGCGCCAGGCACCUUGUCAGUCUUUCAGCCAUUGUCGGAGGCCAUUGCAGAAAAGGCGCUGCCGGAGGUGGAUGACAUGAACCAGCAAGGCCCUGCCAACCUGGCGCGAACUUUCACCACGUCGGCCGCCGUGGCUUCGCCGACCUGGGCGGCGCUGGCCCGAAGUGCUGAGAGGAAGGCGCUGGAGCUCGUCCCGCAGGGCCUCUCCAACUUGGUUCGGGGCCCGGCCACGGCAGACACCUUUGGCGCGCCCGCCUUCGCUGCGACCUCCGAAGCCUCGCUGUUGCAUGUCCAUGAACUUCACCACCAGGAGCUCAGCAACAUUGCGCAGGGUCUUGGGUAUGUUCGGAGUGGUGGUGAGUUGACCCCAGAGCUCACGAGGAGCGCUCGCGAGCACGGGCAGCAGCAGGACAGUCGCAGGGGCUGCUGGCCUCGGCACUGGCCAGCGCCGGAUGGGCGCGGCUUCACGUCGCUGGGCUUCCCAGAGCCGGAGGUGGUGCUCAACGUGCCUGGACUGAUUGUUUUGCUGAAGCCUCCGGGCUGGGAGACGGACGUCUAUGACGUGGCCCGGUUCGGCGACAUUUCCCCGGUGGCGCGCUGCCACCUGCUGUCGUCCUUCCUGGCGAAGCAUUGCACGGAGGCAGACUUCCCGAUCUGCCGCGAUGCCAGCUUUGGGUUUGGCUUCAUCCACCGGUUGGACCAAAUGAGCUCUGGCCUGGUUCUAGCAGCCAACAGCUUCGAGUCCCACGCGGUGCUGCAGUUCCAGAUGUCCAGCUAUCAGAUCAGCAGGGUCGGUCGUCCCUUCCUUUUGGAAGUCACCGAAGGCCUUUGGAGGGAGCAACUGGUCUUCCAGAAUUCCCUGGUAAGGAGCGCGAUGCUCCAUGGACCGAUGCACCAGGCACGGCUGAGCUUGCCAGGCCUGGAUAUAGCAAUCGAGGAGUUGGCCGAGCUGAGAGCGCUCGACAGCCGUCGACUCCAGUACAUUACCACUCUGGAGGACAUGCCGCUUCCUGACAAUCAUGUGCUCUACAUGGUGGAGGGAGCCACGGCUACCUCCUGGACCUGCAGUAGUUUCUGUACAGCCAUAGAGGGCGCCCACGCGGGCGCGAAUUACACCACCCUGGAAAUCAAGAUCCCAGGAGGCACCUUCCAAUUCAGCGACCAAGUGCACCAUGCCGCGAGGCUCAAGGUGGUGGACAACACCUUGACAGAGCCCCAGGCAAGAAACGGCCAAUGCGAAGCUGGACAGCCCCUGGUAGCCGAAGGCUCCGAGGUGGACUGGUCUUGGGGCAUGGCGUUGGGGUCAGCGACCACCGUGGACGGCCCAGACACCCUGCGAGCCGACGACACGCUGGUUUUUAGGAUGGGUGGGGACUACCGCCUUUGCUACUCCGCCAACGGCACCUUCGGCCUGCUGCAGGCGGACAUCACGCGGCAGCGGAUAGAAGUGAACGGCGUUUUCGACCGCUCAGAUAGCUGCACGAGCAACGACUGCCUGAGUCGUCGCAUGUAUCAGUGCUACAUGCGGCGGGAGGAAUUCAACACUGCAGAUGGAAAGUACGGAUUGCAGAGCUCCUGCGUGGUGGACUAUUCCUAUCCUGGAGCUGGAUUUUAUGGACCCGUAGGUAGAGGUAGCUGGACAGCGGAGUUUCUGGCCACCUACGAGCAGGGUGCGGUGACCGGCGUGCAGGUGCAGCCCUGCGCCUUCUCGGAGCCUGCGGCCUUCAUCUGCCGCGAUGGCGGCGCGUGCGAGGCGGGCGAUCCCUACAUCUUGCCAGAUGAAUCGGUCUCUUCCAGGAGGAUCAACAUCCCCACCACUCGAAAUGACCUCUUUGGCAACGCCUUCGGCAGUACAACCACCUACAAAGCUCGCACUGUGGCUGCUUGCUACUGCCCAGAUAGGGACGGGUGCAUGGCGACCACGGAUUUCAUCCAGCAGAUUGGCAUCCUCCAUUUCUACCUGAGCAAGGUCUGCCACGCGAGCGGAGACUGCACAGAAGAUUUCACCGGUGUCACUGGCCAGUAUCGCUUUCGAAUUCGUGUGGAGUGCCCCACAGAUGCGUGCAUGAUGAAUGACCAGAAUCGCAUGAAGUUGGUGGAGAAGACCCUCUCCAAUGACCUGCCCUCCUGGGACACCGGCAAUGGCUGUCGGACCGGGCUGCAUGGGAUGGUCGGCGGACUUCAGGUCCUGCCGACCACCAGCUACGUCCCCAUCGAUGGGUCCCCGACCGGUGUGCUCAAUGAGCUCAAUUGCGACCCAGGCUCUCCGGUCGGCUGCCGUCUCACCGGGGGCUCGCGCCAAGACUACAAGGUCUUCGGCGGCGCGUACGGCUUCCGAUUCAUGAUGGGCACGACGGACCAUGAGGCACGCGGGUUUCACACCUCAAAAGAGGUCGACGUGUGUUAUUGCAAUGGCGACUGCAACACUGGAGCCAACUGGUUCAAAGUGGGCAGCAUGAGACUGAGCUCCACGCGCCUCGUGAGCGCUGCAACCUCGAGGUCGGACCUUCCGGCACAGUGGAGUCUGGAAUUUGUGAACCAGCCGGGCAUCAUCGGGCUUUACAGGCCAUACGCCGAUGGAGGCGUUCUCGGGCUCCAGGAGAGAACAGCCUCCUGA